AUGGCCGUGCCGCGGCAGCCGCCCGCCGCCCCGGCGCCGCCGCCCGCCGCCCCGGCGCUGCCGCCCGCCGCCGCCCCGUCGUUCGGCGCGGCCCGCGCGCUGCUGGCGCGCCGCCACUCGUGCCUGGUGGCGGGGCCGCGCCGGCGGCACGUGGCGCUGCCGCCGCGCUUCCUGGGCCGCAAGCGCUCCGGCAUCCGCGCGCAGCUGGACGCCGAGCUCCUGCGCUACUCCGAGAGCCUGCAGGGUGUGCCCGUGGCUUACGACAACAUCAAAGUGGUGGGGGAGCUCGGCGACAUCUACGACGACCAAGGGUUCAUCCACCUGAACGUCGAGGCGGACUUCAUCAUCUUCAGCCCCAAGAAAGGGAAGAAGCUGGUGGGCAUAAUUAACAAAGUGGCCCCUAGUCACAUUGGCUGCCUGAUACAUGGAUGCUUCAAUGCAUCUAUCCCAAAGCCUGAACAAAUGUCCAUUGUACAGUGGCAAGAGCUGGGGUUAAAAAUAGGGGAUGAACUGAAAUUUCAAGUGUUGCACUUGGAUUCUGAUACAGCUGGGGUGUUCUUCAUUCGAGGAGGACUCACUAAAAGCAGCAUGCGGCCAAAAAAAUCUGUUGCAGUCACUGAAAGUACAAAUGGGCUUGAAAUUCAAAAGCUUGACCACCAGGAAAAUGGCCUGAAUAACUGUGGGGAAGAUAAAGUCACAGAAGAGCCUUUAAAAGACACAGGUGACCUUGGGAGGGAAAAUGAAGAAGAGACAAGUGUUAAUGCUUUGAAUGGAUUAUGUGAUGAUAAAAAGAAGAAGAAAAAGAAAAAGGACAAGGACAAGCAAGGAGAACAGGAACUUGUAUUGCCUACCAGUGACUCCAGUGGUUACCAAAGUGGCCAUAAAAAGUCAAAGAAAAAGAAAAGAAAGCAUUGUGAUGAAGUUGAAGAAAGUGAGUUAUCUCAGCUGUCAGAAAAACCCAAAGCAAAAAAGAAAAGGACUAAGGUCUGAAGGUUUCCUGCAUAAGAUUUCAGACUCUUUUGAUAAGUUUCAAUAAAACCCUGUUUUGAAAAUAUG